UGCAAACUAAUCGAUGCGGUUUUGUACACCUGUUCACCUGCCUGUGUGGUUCUGAAGGGAGAAAGGUACGUUCAGGUGCAUCUCAACGGUACAGAUGAAAGACCAAAUCACUUGCGGCAUGUUCAGACAAGGAAAGUGCAAACAGGUUCAUUUAAUGUGUCAUCUGCUGUGUAAUCUGAGGACAACACCACAUACCUUGGCUUACUCUUCUUGAGACAAUGAGACGUACCAAAACCUUAAGUGCUUUGGUUCUCCUCGUCUCCUUAUUUCUGAUCUUCUUCUACGCGACUCUACACCUAGAGACAGCCUACAGUCUCAGGGCGGGACCAGAGGAUCUUCUGAGGGAUACCAGCCUCCAGGUCCACGACAGUGAUGGGAAAGCACAAUCCUCCAAACAGGAGAGAUUCACCAUACCUCUCCCUGAUGUCCUCAAUGUGUCUGUUUCUGACGGCCUCAAACAGGCCAUUCCUCAAAAUGGAGCCUACUGGAACCGCCUGCUGUACUCGGCACUCAGGAAUCUGGACAAGGGGGGAAAUCCUUUCGGAAAUGAAUCAGACUGGUCUCUCUGCAGGCAGAAGAAUCAAGAGCAUCUGCAAACCAAUGUGCAUGACUUCACCUCCUACCCUGUCUUAUUACAAGACUUUUUGAAGGGCAUGAACUGCAGGUCCCCCCCAGUCCUGCUCAAUCAACCCAACAAGUGCAUCUCUGGUGAAGGGAAGGGAGACAACCGGCCCUUCCUGCUUUUUGCUAUCAAGUCAACUCCUGGAAACUUUGAGCAGAGACAGGCGGUGCGGGAGACCUGGGGUAGAGAGGGGGUGUAUCAGAGUGGACUGAGAGUGCACACUCUGUUUCUGCUGGGCAGCUCCCCACUGGAUGACCCUGACCUCAGCUCUCUGCUGUCAUUUGAAGCAAGGCACUUUGGGGACCUCCUGCAGUGGGACUUCCAUGAAUCCCUCUUGAACCUGACGCUCAAAAUGAACAUGCUCCUCCAGUGGACGGUGAAAUACUGUCCUACAGCCUCCUUUGUGUUCAGCGGGGAUGAUGAUGUAUUUGUCAACACACCAGCAUUACUCAGGUACCUGCAGUCUCUGGAGCCUUCCAAGGCCUCUCAGUUGUAUGCUGGACAAGUCAUAAGCAGAGCAAGUCCCCUCAGGGUCCCUAAAAACAAAUAUUACAUUCCACUGAGCUUCUAUGACGGCCCAUACCCUGCUUACGCUGGUGGAGGUGGUUUCGUUCUCUCUGGGGCGUUGCUGCAACGCCUUUAUUCCAUUUCACGUGUCAUUCCUUUCUAUCCCAUCGACGACGUCUACGCUGGCAUGUGCUUUAAGGCUUUGGGGGUUUCUCCUGAGGCAAACGCAGGCUUUCAGACUUUUGACAUUAAUGAGCAGUAUCGUGAGAAUCUGUGUGUAAAUAAGAAUCUUAUUCUGAUCCACCGGCGCUCCCCACAGCAGAUGAAGAAGUUGUGGAAGGGCAUUCACAGUCUGUUGUUGACUUGUUGAACUGGACUGGUGACCAAAAGAUCCAGAAAUAAAAAAAAUGAGGAAACAUUGAUUGCAGCCACAAAUCUCAGCCAGUUCUGUUACUGCACCUCGUUUAAAAGUUAUAACAGGACUGUGUGUCAUGAGAGGAUAGAACCUUGAAAAGUGGAGGAAGCAUUCAGCAGCUUUAGUGGGAAUUUCAGCAUCAGGGGUCAAGAUUUUUCACUGAACACUCUUCAGAUCUG